GUAUAUGACUAUAUACGUAUAUAUGUUCCAGAGAAUAUUUCUUAGUUCCUACACAAGCUUAGCGAGGUUAAAACAGCUGUUUCUACUGGAUGGUUGCAUUGACAGGGAGAUCGACAGUUAAGCGAAUGAUUUAUCCAAAAUUAGUUCUCUUAAAUGAUAUCGCGAAUAUUCCGUGGAGAAAAUGAAAAUGUCGCUGUUAAGAGAAAACGUCAAAUCGACACCUUGAAAAUUUUUAACGACAAUGUAGCAGAAUUGCGAGAAGAUGUGGAAUAUCAAGUACAAUUUAAUGCUGGAGAAAGGCGUAUGGCUAUCAUGGUUUCUUUGUCACCAGAAUUUCCGCUUGAAAAACCAGUUCUUAGAGUUUCCCCGCCGAUAAAUCAUCCUUGGUGUAAUGAACACAGUGAAAUCAUUAGUGCACCAGGAUUACUUAAUUUUACAGUGCAUAGUGAUCUUGGUCGUGUUGUUCAAGCUAUCAUUAGAGAAUUCAGUAAAAAUCCGCCUCAGGUAAUAGAAUAUGUUUCGCCUGGAUCUGCCAAAUCACAUAGAGACUUACAAGAAAGAAAUUCACCAUCUUACUCGCUCCAACAGUAUGCAGAUAUUCCACCUACUUCUUACAACUCAUAUUAUAAUACACAGUUUCCACAGUAUUCAACCUCUGGUACAAAUCCUUGCAUUUAUAACUAUAAUAAUACAAAUUCUGGCAGUACAUAUGUCACAGACAACCAGUCAAAAACAUUUGGCUCUACAUCACAGCAUUCAACAUUUAUUUCAUCCUCAAGAAGUAAUACACUUCACAAUGCCAGCCCUUCUCGAUAUACAACAAAUCAACAAAGAACAGCAUACCUUAACUCACAUUAUGCAAAUACUAACUAUCAUGCAACGUUACCAAGCUGUGCACAAGCAAAAGCUGUGCAAAGUUUUGUAUUUCCUGAACUAAAUAAUUUGUCCAAUGAGGAAUUGAAAAAACUUAAUGAAGAUGAAGAUAGGCAGGAUGAAUUUCUUGAAAAACAUUCCCAAUUAAAGGAUGUUAAUAUGGCUAUUGAAGAUACUAUUGAUUGGGUAGAAAAGACAGCAGCCAAUGUAGCAAAGGAACCUGAAUUAAAACAAUUACAAGCUAAUGUUGCAGAAAAAAUACGAACGGUAGCUGUAUUAAAAGCUAGAUAUGACCAACUAAUACAACGAUACAAUAAAUUGUCAGAAAUCUUCACACCAGAUCAGAUAAAAGAAUGCCUAAGGCAAGCAGCGGAUGAAAGUCACGAAGAAAGUGAAAAAAUCGCGGAAGAUUUUCUAAAUGGAAAAGUUGACGUAGAGCGAUUUCUUAGCACGUAUAUCGAAUGUCGGAAACUAGGACAAGCAAGAAGGACUAAAGAAGAAAAAUUGGCCCAUCAAUUGAACGAAUUGAAACGAGCUGGUUAUUGAAUUAAUAUAUAAUCAUUUUUUCUAUGAAACGAACAAAUUGUAAAUAAUCUCUAGAUAAAUUAAAUAAUAAUUUGAACUCGAA